AUGGCUAUUCACUGUGCCAAAACUGUGGCUGUUGGAUCCUCGUUGGUAAAGGUUCCUCUUGAGAGAAUCAGGACUCUGUGCGGUGUCUGGCAGAACGGUCUUGCUGCAAACUCUACCGAGUCGUUCAUUGCACAGCAGGCGAUCGACAGAUACGGAUUCGUGGCUGUUCUCCUCCACGACCUGAGAUGCAGCGAACUCUUGAUCGAGAUUGUCAACCAGACAACGAUGAAAUAUCAAGACCAUCUUUGUGGCCCCGCUCCCUAUAUCUCGGCGGAGGAAAAGAGGAUUGCAACACAGGCUGGCGCCGGUAUCCUUAAAUUUGUGGAAGUCGAAUACAAUGGAACCUCGGGAGCAUUGGGCACUAUUAAGCCAGAACCCUGGGAUAUAGCAAUAAUCAACUACAACACCAAGUUUACUUUGUUCACCUCCAAGGACCAUCUGCUCUCUUAUUUCACCAACGGCGAUGUGAUCGGAACCUGGAUGAUGAGUGUUAUGGUGAUGGCGGGGGGAUUGAUCGGCUUCCCCUUUAGGUUGAUGAAGAAGGUCCUUUACAACUCACAAGCUACUACCCCCACGCACUUCGCCAGCACUGGAUCCUCGUUCAAGAAGGAGGCAUAUGCUUCCAAGUUGGCGUUGUAG